CUUUCUUCUCCACCCACCGUGAACCAUUGCAAGACACGUCGCACCUUCACACACACAGCACUACCACCACAACUUUGUCGCCUCACUUCUCAACCCGUCAUCGCUGCUUCAUCGCUCGGUUUUCGCCUUUUAUGUAGCCUUCGUCACCGACUCCCCUCCAUCGCGAUGACUACUCCACAGAUCACCUUGAAUGACACUGGACAAGUCGACUGGUCUGAAGACGCACAAGAGAUGCAGGACACACAGGAAUAUACUGCUGCUCAGCCGGGUCAAUCUGAUGAUGUAGCUGAAAUCGUGUUCGAUCCAAACUCCCCUGAGGCAGCAGAGCAAAUCUAUAGCGCCAUCUACCAGAAGAUCCAAGAUGUGCUCAAACAACACAGAGAUGAGACAAGAACGAUCCGCUGGUCUAUGUAUGUGACAGACCAUGCCUCUGCGUCGGCGACAUGGCUAGAAGAGCAGUCAAGUCUUCUCCGAAACAGAGAGUUGUCCACACUCAGCCGCUCAGAGAUCACAAUCUUGAGGAUGAUGGUCGAGUUCGACACUCGCCUCGCUCUCGAAUUGACGAGUUUGCGUGUUUCCUCCCUGAAGGCAGUUGACGCACUGGAAACUGUGUGUCGGGAAAACGAGAGGAACAUCAGCAGACUGGACGCACCUUCGAGCAUCGCACCAGUUCAGAUUCUCGAGCGUGUACUGCGACGCGAUCUGAGAUCAAGCAUUGCCAGAGAGAUACAGUCUAUCAUGGCUCGGGCACGUGAAGUUGUGAUGAAGGGUCCGUUGUUCUGUUGAUGAAUUUUCUUCGCGUUCGCUCCAUUUACUGCAUAUCAUAUUUAUGGAAGACAAGUAGCUUUCUUCUACCUCGAUAGCGAUCAAAGGCUAACAUUGCUGUAUCUACACACGACCAAAUGAGACUUUUUGUC